UUUUUAUUAUCACUCACUCUUAUCCACUUCUUUAAGUAGAUUCAAGCCAAAUUUUAACAAAAUGUUCAAAUUCGCCGUUGUUAUCUUCGCUGUCAUUGCCUGUGCUGCUGCCAAACACGGUUUGAUUGGUGCUCCUUUUGCUUACACUGCUCCUGCCUCCGUUGUAGCUGCUCCCGCUGGUGUUGUUACCGCCACCAGUAGCCAAUAUAUUGCUCGCAACCACAAUGGUAUUGUCUCCACCCCUGUUGUCGCUCCAGUAGCUACCCCUGUUGUUGCCAAGACUCUUGCCUACACUGCCCCUGUUGCUGCUGCUUAUGGCGCUCCUGUAGUAGCCAAAUACGCUGCUGCCUACUCUACUCCUUUGGCCUACUCCACUCCUGUUGUUGCCAAAUACGCCGCUGCCUACUCUCAUCCUUUGGCUUACUCUGCUCCUUUGACUUAUGCUGCUGCUCCAGUUUUGUUGUAAAAAAACUGUUACUGCAGUGUGUUUUUGUUUUGAUUAGUGCGAAAUAAAAAAUAAUUUAUU